AUGGAUUCUGGAGUAUGGAGUGAUUGCAACCGAGCCAUGCUUGGAUAUGCUGUUCUCAAGGUGGAUGAGUAUGAGAGUGAAGAGCAUUGCACUUGCACCAAAGCACUUCAAGAUAUGACUACCCUAACCCCAACCCCUAAAUCCCGGUGGAAGAUGAUUGGCCAACUUCCUCGGGAUCUAGUCCAAAUAAAAAGUCCGGAGCAACAGCUUGUUUCUUGCCGAAACUGUAAAGAAGUUUGCUCUAUUCUCGUCGUGGCGCUUCAAUUCGUUUCGUUGAGAUCAUAUAUUCUCUUCUAUCACAAUCCCAUUUCAAUGCCUCGAAUACAACUACGAUUGGGCCAUUUGCGCUCGACCAGGCGACUGUUUACUCCUGGACGGCAGUACUCGUCACAACCUCCAAAGCACACAAGCAAAGAUAUAGCUGCUCUUCUCGCGAAACCAACAUGGUCUGUCCGAAGUCUCCUCCCCAAUACCCACGAUCCGACGAUCCCUUUAUCAAUAACUCCUCAUAAACUUCACCAUCUGCUUCGUCUGUCGGCGCUUCCACAACCGGCCGAUAAAGCGGAGGAAACCUCUAUGCUCAGAACACUCGAAGCUCAAAUUCACUUCGUCAAGUCGAUACAAGAUGUGGAUACGAAGAAUGUGUCACCUCUUCGGGCCAUUCGAGAUGAGAGUCGCGAGGCAAUUAAGGAAUCUACGAUAAGCAUGGAGGCGUUGAAGGAAGCACUAGCCAAGGAGGAAGUGGUUGGUCGCAGAAAGAAAAUACAGCGCCAAACGACAACUCUCGAGAACGAAUAUCCUAGUCACGCCGAGAGCGAUCAAUGGGAUGGGAAUGCUUUGGGAUCUGCUUCAAGGACAGCUGGGAGAUUUUUCGUCGUUCAAAGUCGUAGCUGA